CUCCGCGUACUGUCCCCUCCCAGCGGGUCUCCCUCCCUUUGCCACUGCAGUGAAACCCUCGGUAGCGAUAGAGAGAGACGGAGAGGAGAUCUUGUAGCUGGGUGUAAAAGCCAGGACGAGACCUCAGAGAGAAAAGCAACCAUACAUUUAUAUAUAUUUAUUUCUCGCCACAGUUCCGGCGGCCUAUCGACUCCCCCCUGUUGAACCUCCUUUCCGUUUACUUCGCCUGGAUUUCAUCAUCCGACCUGCAAGAUGGGAAAUGAAGCCAGUUACCCCCUGGAGAUGUGCUCACAUUUUGAUGCUGAUGAGAUUAAGAGGCUAGGGAAGAGGUUUAAGAAACUCGACCUAGAUAACUCCGGCUCUCUCAGCGUGGAGGAGUUCAUGUCGCUGCCGGAGCUCCAACAGAACCCGCUGGUGCAGAGGGUCAUUGACAUAUUUGACACGGACGGGAAUGGAGAGGUGGACUUUAAAGAGUUCAUUGAGGGAGUGUCACAGUUCAGUGUGAAGGGGGACAAAGAACAAAAGCUUCGAUUCGCUUUCAGAAUUUACGACAUGGACAAAGACGGCUACAUCUCCAAUGGCGAACUCUUCCAGGUGCUGAAGAUGAUGGUAGGCAACAACUUGAAGGACACGCAGCUCCAGCAAAUCGUGGACAAGACCAUCAUAAACGCAGACAAAGACGGAGACGGCAGGAUAUCCUUCGAAGAGUUCUGUGCAGUGGUCGGAGGUCUCGAUAUACACAAAAAGAUGGUGGUGGACGUGUGAGCUGCUCUGCUUGCUGACUCCCCCCUUCCUCCUCGACACUUGCUUUCUCCCCCAUCUCUGAAGAUCUGCUCAAGACGUCCGGCAAAACGCUCUCUGUGUAACUCAAUGGAAGUAUUCUCUCUCUUUAUCUCUCUUUCUUUAUCUCUCUCUUUCUGUGAAGCCACUUUUUCUUUACAAAACCACGGGCCUCGCGAAGCCAACUUUGAAGUGUUAUUGAACUGUAAAUCCUCUCGAUAACCCGGUCGUAGCACUUUAAGAGACUGAAGGACAUCUGUUUGUCAUUUGCAAAGAGCAUCUCUGAUUGUGGACGAGAGGGGAGAACGGUUUGGGGAAAGGGGGGGUGCUGUGAAGAGCCUGGUUGGCGUGUUCAUAUUUUAUCCUUUCUUUUCUUUUUUUUUUUUUUUUUUUUUUUUUGGUAAUUGUUAUUUUUGAUAUUUAUUUUUUUGUUGUCUUUUAUAAAGAAGAAAAAAAUACAAGUAUAUCUUUGGUUUUCACAUGAGGGGGAGUGUAUAGUAUUUGAACACUUGACUUACAGUACAACUAGAAAGUAGGGUAUGAAGUGCCAACCAGAACAUAUCCAGAAAUCAGUCUGAGUUAUUACCUUUAUCACCACUGUUAAUGUGACAUUUCCAACUGCAAACUAAAUUUCAGAUUUUCUAACAUUUUGUCUUUGUUUUAGCUUCUAUACAAAAUAUUUUAUUACACCAGUGAAGCAUUGGUCACUCUUAGCAAAGAAAUUCAUGUUUUUGUGAUAAGGUUUAUAGUUUUAUUCAAAAUUAAGAAUGUGUUUAUAUUGUUUGAGAUAAUCCUUGUUUUUCCUGUCAUGAAGUUCUAGGUAGAUAAUUAAAUGCCAAGAAAAUGUCUUUCCAAAAUAAUCUGUGGCUGCAAACUGAUACAUGGUUUACUCUUGACGAAGCAUUUUGCAUUUCAGUGUGCAUUCAUAAGACAAUCUGUAAUGCAAACAACAGCUCUGCACUCACUGACUGAUGAAAAGCGGUGAAAUAAGACUUUGUUUUUGGUUAAUCUCUAAGACAGAGGCUGAAUGGACUUGGCGAAGAACUGAGAGUGAUAUUCUGAGUGGACAAUGGUGAGAUUAUACACCGUUUAUGCUAGUGCAUAGCAAUUUAAGAGACUUAUCUGGCAGCGUUUUUUAACUGAUAUGUGUAUAUUAGGUAAUCAAUGUGUGCUCGUCCUCUUUUUUAGCAAGAGGAGAAGGCUUUGCCUCCGCUUCACAUGAGCCCUUCACUAAUACUUACUACUCAGUACAGAGCAGGAUGGGUCAGAGUUUAACUCUUAAAAAUCUUAACACGUUGGCAUGAUCCGUGUGCAAUGGGAUAGACUGUAUAUUGUAGUUUAUUUUUUUGAAAGUGUACAUUUCAAAAGUUGGCUUCUUCUCCCACUUUUCUGUCAAAAUCACCUUGUUUCUCCCUUUCACACCAACUUCUACCUACAGGGAGAAAACCAUAGUCUACCAAAUUUUAAUAUCAAGGGGAAAAAUGCUUCCUGCUAUAAAUGGCAUUGAGGAAAAGCUUUUUGUUUUGCUUUGGAGGUCGACUGCUAGUUUGAAUGGGAGUUUUCAGUGACUCUGGAGUGCUCUGUCGUCCCAUAAUCCCAAAGCUCUGCACGGCUUGGGCCUCCCUGUGCUUGCAUGACAUGGAAAUAUAUUUUUUUGUUGUGCAUGUAGAUCAACUUUUGAAAUAAUCCUCUUGUUUACACAUGGAUGGUGAUGUUAAUAUAUUUAAGAAUUUAAUGGUAUACAAUAUGGAUGUUGCCAAACUUUGGUAAAUGUACACAUAUUAUGAGAGGUAAUCCAAAUGAACUGAACUACAUGUAACUUUUUUGUAUUUUUACCUGGGUCAGCCAGAUGCUUCUAUUCCAGUAAAAGUUGCAUAUCUGAUCCCGUCUCAAACUGCCACACACUGUACUCAGCUUAAAGGGGAAAUUUGAUGUUUUUUUUUUUCUUUCUUUUGUAUAUAUUUGUUAAAUGCAGUUCUGGCUCUCUGUUCUCUGUAUAGUUCAGACCGGCUUUAGUUUGUAAGUGCUUCUUUUCUCUGAGGGACUUGGGUCUUUUAGUUUGUGUGGGGAUAUCUGACAAGAUUUAAGUUUGAAAACCUUUUUUUUCCUUUUUCUGCAUGCUGCAUCUUAUGCUGUGGGACUGUUGGAAACUUGAUACUGUAUGAAAAAUAAAUAAAAUUUAAAUAAACUUUGAAA